AACAAUUACUCUUAGAAACAGUGAACCGUCUUUCCCAAAGUCAAUUGUCAAUUUUCAGAUGUCCAUGUUUCAAGACAGCAAGCUUAAAGCUUUACAUCUAACUGCAAUGGCAAUAUAACUCUACUUUGAGUUUGAGCCUCUCCUACGUUUCUUUUUAAGGUUUUCAGUUUCAGAGAGCAAGAGCGAGAGAGAGAAUGGCAAGUGAUGGUAAGGUGGUGGUGGAGAAAGUGGGAGAGAAAUCAUCAGUAACAAGGUGCUUCUCAAAGUACCCCCUCAAGUUCAUCAUUCCCAGAAAGGUUGGUCCCUCCAAAACUGACGCUGUUUGGAUUUACAGCCUCACAUAUGGUGGUGGAGUUGUUUCUGGAGAUUCUAUUUCAUGUGAGUUUACCAUUGGAGAUGCUUGCACCACUGUCCUUACAACCCAAGCUUCGACAAAGGUAUACAAGUCUAUGGGAUCCAAGUGCUCUGAACAAGUCUUAGAGGCAAGUAUUGGGAGUGAUGCUCUAUUGGCUGUCGUUCCAGACCCGGUGACAUGUUUUUCCACUGCAAGGUACUCUCAGAAACAAGUCUUCAGGGUGGUUUCAGACUCAAGUUUGGUCAUUGUAGAUUGGAUUACCAGUGGGCGCCAUGAAAGUGGAGAAAAAUGGGAUUUUGAUCUUUAUAAGAGCACCAACCACAUAUUCUUAGAAGACAAUCAACCUUUGUUUCUUGAUACGGUGCUUCUGGAGCGAGGAAGCAUAGCCUCUAUUGCAGAGCACAUGCAGGACUACCAAGUAAUUGCAAUGGUUGUACUCUUGGGGCCAAAGCUGAAGCAAGUUCAGGACCAAGUUCAAAAAGAUGUGAAGAGGAUAAUGUCUGAGCAAUUACACAUUCCUUCUGCUUCAUUGGGACACCAAGUAAUAACAAAAUCUGAUCGUUUCUUGAUGAAACCAAGCUUUAUUGCUUCCACCAGUGUCUUUGGUCCUAAGGGAAUAGGUGUUGUUGUUCGUAUAGCUGCCAUGACAACUGAGUCCGUUUAUAAAUUUCUGCACCACCAAUUGGCUUGCCUGGAGCCCCUGCUUGGGAUGUCACCUUAUCGUUAAACAUGCAGGGAGAAUGUGUUUCUCACAGACAAAGUUGUUAGUGGCACCAAAGCCUUGUUUCUAAUGUAAGUAUAUCACUAUAUUGUAUUUCCGUCAUUAUUUAUGAAUUUUUACUUUCUCCUUAAUUUUCUGGUGACCGCAGUAUGUUUGCUCCCAAAAUCUAUCUAAAUGAUUUCUUUUGGGCAGAGUCAUUAUCAUAGCAAUUGUUUCCUUAUUCCUUUACAAAAUGUAAUUAAUAUUUAAAAUGUUUAAGGUUCCAGUAUGUGGGAAUUCAAUGCAGGGAAUUGUAAUAGGCUGUGUGAGAAAGGGGGAAAAUAUUUAGAUUAGGACUCCCUUAUCAAUUUUUUAACAACGAUGUUUCUUCAACAAUCUUGUAAAAUGUUAACUCUAUGAGGGCUCUGACUAUGAGGUCUGGAGUAAACAUAGACUUUUAUUUAUUUAUUUAUUUUUAUUGGUGAGUUA